UGUAGUCGGCCGUUGUGAAUGUGUUCUGCGUUGAAAAAAUGAUAUCAGUUUUAUUGUGGACUUUGUGUUUGCAUGUUUAUAAUGUACAAAGGGUAGAAACAGUUAGGAUAUUCAGAAAUUUAAUAGCAACUGAACAGAAAUCGUUCACAAGAUUCCAAGCAACUGUUGCUUCUAAGACUUGCAUGCUGAUACCUGACACUGGUCCAUGUCGUAGUAGAAUAAAGAUGUGGUAUUUCAACCCUGAUGCGAAAGAGUGUUCAGAGUUCGAAUGGGGAGGCUGUCAAGGAAAUGGUAACAGGUUCGAAACGAAGGAAGAAUGUUGGGAUUUUUGCAUGAGUAAGCCUGGAAAACGUCGUCCAAGAUACUGCAGCCUGGCUUUUGAUUAUGGUUUCUGUUUUGGAGCAUCAGAGAGGUUCUAUUACGACUCUAAAUGGAAAGUCUGCAAGUCGGGCCUCUAUUCUGGUUGUGGUGGAAAUAAGAACAACUUCUACAGUAGGGAACAGUGUGACCAAAUAUGUCGCUAUGGGAAUAUGGACGCAGUUCAGAAAACAUCAACAACUGGUGGUGGUAAGAAGGUUAUCAUCAUCAAUCCGGUGAUUACGAAUCCACCACGAAGCGGCCAACAAGCUGUAGAUGUCAACAAUGCAACUACGGUAGCACCAAAAAACACGGAAUAGCAUCAGCAUUAAAAAAACUACAACUAUCCAACUUAUUUGGUACUUUUAAUUAUUAUUUGUUACAUCAUAAAUAGCACGGGGGUAUAAGAUGUCGUUUGUAAUGCAUGAGUAUACGGGUUUAACCCAUCGUGUGUCUAAACGUGGAUCCACGCUAGACACAAUUUAUUUUCUACUAGCUUUUACCCGCGGC